AUGGAAGACCUAAAUUCUCAGAAUAAUAAUGGCAAGGAAAAGGUGCUCAGUUCAAUUCAGCAUGUGAGCAAAAUAUGUGCAAGCCUAAAAGAUCACAAGAAAGUAAAUCUGUUUGGGCCUCCAGGAGUUGGGAAAACAUGGAUGGCAAAGAGAGUAAGUGAGCUUGCCACCAGGAUGAAAAUUAUCCAUGUCACACUUUGGGUGUUUAUGUGCAAAGAGUAUACGAAAGAGUCUCUCUCCAAAAGUAUUGCUCAACAGCUAUGCUUACUUCCUACUACGUAUGAGGAGUGGGAGGAUGGGGAUGAAAAUAAGGAACUAAAGGAAAACGAUGAUAAGGUUCAAGACUCAGAAACAUUGAUUAAAGAGAUAAAGAAGAAACUUGAAGAAAAGGAAACGAAGAAACUUGAAGAAAAGGAAAAGAAGAAACUUGAAGAAAAGGAAAUUCUUCUAAUUUUAGAUGAUGUUCACCUAGAUCACGAAACUGAACAUGAUUCAAAUGAAACAAAAUUUUGGUCACUAUGGAAUGAAAUGUUUCCUAAUGAAAACUUCAAAACUCUUUUAAUAUCAAGAUUAAAGAGGAAACAUGAAGAUAUUUCUGAUGCUAUUGAGGUUGAAGCUUUCCCUAAAGAAGAGUCUAAUGCUUUAUUGAUAGGAAAACUUGAUGCUCAGUUGAGGAAGAAGGAAAGAAUCCUAGAUCUAGGUAGAACAUUGAUGGAAAAAAGUGACGGUUUUCCUGGUACAGUUAUUAUGAUAGCAAAAUCCUUGAAUUACUUUGGUGUAGAUGAAUGUAGAAUGUCUAUUCUUGAAAAGGAGUUGGAAGAAACAUCUCACAAAUAUAGUGUAAACAAGUUAUUGUGCAUGAAGCAUGAUGUGUUGCCCAUCAGUAUUUUGAAAGAUCUAUGGUGGCAUGGUCACCAUUUCUUUCGUGAUUCAGCAAGUGUUCACUACAACGAGCUGAUAACUUACUGGAUCUUGGAAGGGUAUUUGGGUUAUGGUAGCAUGACUAGCUUGUAUAACAAAGGUCAUGGGAUUGUAAUGGAGCUAAUGGAUUAUGGCGUACUCAAAGGGCUAGAGGGUGAUUAUGUUUUCAUGGAUAAAUCACUUAUAAACGUUGAUGAUCUCUAUCAGUACGUUGACCAAAACGCAAAUCUUGGUUUGGCGACUGUGUUUACUUCUGAUGUAGAAGGUUUUGGGCGAAUCACACAUGAAGAUGGAAUGUUAAAAACACCUCGGACACGUACGAAAGAGAAGAAUCAAGAGCAGAAACAAUCAUCAUCAAAGGAAGUUGGUCAGAAUCUUUCGACUUUAUUAUUAGACGGGACCCAUUUUAGCGAGCAAGUCAUGAUGAACUUCCUUGAAUACGAAAAGGAACUUCAAGUUCUAGCUUUAUUCAAUCCCACCAUCAAAUCUUUGCCAAAUUCGUUGGAUAUGAUGGAGAAGCUUCGUGUUCUUGUGCUUAGAGGUUGUGAGUUUUUGCAAGAUGUCAAGCUCCCUUUAAAAGCUUUACGUGUUCUUGAGAUCUCUGGUGGAAGGUCUUUGAGGUCAUUAAAAUCGAUAUUUUUCAAGAACAUGGUGAAUCUUCAAAGUAUUCAUCUAUCUGGACUUCAAAUCAGUUAUUUACCUCAGGCCUUUUAUAAUCUUCUUGAACUACGUUGGCUAGUCAUUAAGGAUUGUCGGCGUUUGAAAAAGCUUGAGAGCCUUUCAAAACUCGAACAUCUUUUGGUUGUUGACCUCUCGGGUAAUAUCGUUUUGGAUACUGUCGAUAAAAACUUCUUGAAAUUUAAGAAUCUUCAAAGCCUUAAUCUUUCUAAUACCUUGGUUUCCACAACCCCAUUGCUCAAAAACAUUGAAUCACUCACUCAUUUGUUAUGUCGGGGAUGUAAAGGUUUAGGCAGAUUGCGAGGGCUAACUUCACUAACCAGUCUCCAAACUCUUGAUCUCUCUGGUUCCAUAGAAUUCGAAGAGUUCCACGAUUCGUCUUUACAAAGCUUAAGAUCCCUCAAAACCCUUGACCUAUCCGAAACUGCAAUUGAUCGUCUUCCUUCUAACAUUUCCGACCCUCGUUCUCUUUAUCUUAAGAGUUGCCCUCAGUUAGAAAGACUUCCAUGCAUCGAAUCCCUUCGAGACCUCGAGGUACUUGAUGUUUCAGGUUCAAAGAAUCUUAAAGAGUUUGAGGUGGGAUUCUUUGAUCGACUCACAGAUCUUCGAGUCCUCAACCUCUCAGAAACUAAUGUUGUAGAUCUUCCUUCCCUCUCACGGCUUUCCAAUCUUCGUGAAUUGUACCUAUCACGUUGUCCAUCAUUAAAACGUUUGCCCUCGCUAGAAUCUGCUACAAAAUUGGAGAUUCUUGAUGCCUCAUGGUGUAGUGCUUUAGAUGAUAUUGGAAAUCAAUCUUUCGAGGGAAAAACUCGCCUUCAAAAGAUCGAUCUUUCUGAAACAAAGAUUGAGUCCUUCCCUUCCCUUUCAAAUCCAAGCCAUCUCCGUCAGCUCCUACUAAAGAACUGCAAAGCCUUGAAGAAUUUUGAAUUAAAUGUAUCCUUGCCGAAUCUUGAGGAGUUAAAUCUUUCUGGUGUCACCUUGAAACCUAAUGGAGCUGAAUUAAUGAAGGACAUGAGCAACAUUCAAAUUCUUGACCUCUCUAAUACUUCCCUCGAACAGAUUCCCUCCAUUUCAAAAUUCACAAACCUUACUCGUCUUUCUCUUGCUGGUUGCUCAUGCUUAGAUGCAGAACUAGAUUUGAAGCCAUUAAGUAAGCUUGAAGUAUUGAAUCUUUCAGGAUCAUCCAUUAAACGUUUGACAAACCUCAGUGGGUCCCACACCCUUCAAAAGCUCCUACUUCAAGGUUGUUCUAUAGCGGAGUCCUCCGAAGAUGACGAGUUUAAAGAUCUCUUGGGGUCCAACCCAAAAAUACCUGAUGAGAUGUCUGGAUUAAGUCAUCUUGACCACAUCGAGUUUCCAAAUGUCAACGUUAACACCAGCCAUGAAGAAUCUUCAUCAAAAGAGGCGAAUCAAGAUGAAUGGAGCAUUUGUCGGUUGUCUGAGGAUAACAAAGCUCCCAUAUUUACUAGUGGUUCUCAGUUUCUUGAAAUUCUCAAGGAAAACCCUUUGCAAGAGGAGAGCCAUUUAUGUGCAGUUCCUUACAUGGUGGAAGGUGAAACAGGAGAUCGAUAUCUUCAACGACAUGAACUUGUUUUUCGAGAUGUCUACCUCCAAGCAUGCGGGAUUCCUCAAUACAAGGGAAACAAGUCGUUGCAGAUUCGUGGUUUUAACCAUUUCCCAAAGGGUAUCGAAAACAUCAUCUGUAAAGUCAACAUGGUCUUUCUGAUUGAUAAUAUGUUCAAUGGUUUGCCAUCUGAGUUUGAUGUCUCUAAGCUCAAGCAAGUAAAUGGAUGCUGGAUCGACAGGUGUGAUGAAACAAUCACCAUUUUUACCGAAAAGGAAGGAGACGAAAAUUCCAAUUCUGCAAUUUUCUUGCAGAAUCUUGGAAUUUCGAAUAAUCGUCGUUUGGAAAGCAUAUAUAAAGGGAAACAGGCAUCUGGGAGCUUCCAUAGUCUCAAAAGUUUGUAUUUGGAAAGUUGUCCAAAGCUUUCAGUCGUAUUUCAAUCAUCAUGGCUACCAAAGAACUUGGAAGUUCUUCAAAUCAAACACUGUGACAAGAUAGUAACACUCAUUGAUCCAACGGAUCAUGGUAUACUUCCAAGCUUAAAAACAUUGCAUUUAUGGGAACUACCAGAACUGGAGAACAUUGGCCUCUCAUUUCCAAAGUUACAAACUCUAAAAAUCUGGGAAUGCCCAAAAGUGAAGCAAAUUGAGCGCAUCUUUCAAUCAUCCGAUAUUUUAGAGACAUUAUCGAUCACUGGUGCGACUAGUUUGAAGAGUUUGGACGGAAUCUCAUGUUUAAGAUGUCUUUCUACUCUUAUAUUGGAAAGUUGCCCGAUGCUUGAAUAUGUUGCCUCUUUUCUCGACUCUGUUAAAACCAUCGAGAUAAAGUCAUGUGAGAAGUUGCAGAUUCUGUUUACACGCGUGUACUAUAUGCCAGAUUUAGACACACUCUAUUUUGAAGACCUACCGAUGCUGAAAAAGAUUGGCGUCACUUUCCCAUCAAUAGUAACUAUAAUUACUUAUGAAUGCCCAAAUUUGAAUCUCAAAGGCACGAUUGUUGACUAG